AUGAGGGGAUGUUAUGUAUGUUACCAAACACACCCAUUCCAUUUUGAAAUCUCAUACCCAAACAUGCUAUACACAUCACCCCGUUAACACUGGGUCCAAAACGUGGCGAACCUGCGGAACAACCUGUUGGUUCCGGUCUGAAGUGGCUCGAAAGUCGAAAGGGCGUUUCUCUUCCCCAGGUGUUUGGUUGUCGGGGGGGAGCAGAAAAUGGUGGGUGAUGAUCUGAUUCCUGAUGGUCGAAAAGACUCGUCGUUCUCAUCACAACCCCACAACACAACCUAUUUGAAAGAAUGGUCCAUGGUGUUGAUCAGAGACUCUCCCGCCCACGGUGACUGCUCCGUCUUUCCCCCAGUCAACCACGAGAAUCUCCACAUUCCCUCACAGCCCUUUCAAGAACAACAGAGCCCAUUAUCACCUUCAUCAUCGUCAUCGUCGUCGUCAUCAUCAUCAUUUUCAUUGUCAUCAUCAUUCUCACCGUCUGAUUCCACCGAUUCGGACUCGCUACCGGCUCCACCGCCAGAUUCGACGGUCAAAAAGGCCGGUGAGGUGACGAGAUGGAUUGGGAUUGGGCUUGAGGUCUUACGUUGUAAGGUUAUCGCUGCGGUUUCCUCGUUUCGAAAUUAUGUCCCCAACAACAGAGGGUCAUUUCGGUCAUUUGGACCCGUCGCGGCCGCGGUGGCGUUGGUGGUGUGGACGUUGUUUAUGCGGUAUCGUCGGCGGCGAAGAACGGAGAGUGUGGGUCGUUUGGUGCAGACUAUUAAGGAGAAAGAUGAGAAAAUUACACAACUCUUGCACCAGAUUGCUCAAAUGAAUGAAGUGCUGUUAGCCCGUCACAGAAAUCUUUGAAGCAUUUGGGGCUUUACAUUGACAUUGACUAAAUUGAUUAUAGCAAUUCUGCUACAUUUUAUGCUCAAAUAUGCAAUGGAACAUGGAUAUGCUUCUCCAAAUGCCUGUGAGGCUACAUCAUACAACUGGUUGCAGUUCCUGUGAUAUCUGAACAGCACUGCUAUUUUAAGUGGAAGAACAUGAUUAUUGAUCGUGGAACCACAAUUUGAGCUCUGCAAGAUUCAUGUAUUGCAAGGAAACGUGUUGCAAAUUAGUGGACCGGUAUCUGAGCUUUUGAAUAUAUGAUAAUGGAGUUCUAAAGAGUAAAGAUGUCAUGUACUCUUCAUGAUUGGAUAUGGCUGAGCCAGGGACCAGGAUCCGAGCUUUGGAAUAUGCACCAAUGAAGUUCAAGAAUUCCGGCACUAUUGCCAAGUCCGGUAGAUUAGUUUCUGAUUUAUAUUCUUGAUCAGUAGAGAAAUUAGCUAAAUGUAUUAGGCUAUUUUUUGUAGCUAGUUUCCCAUGUGAUUAUUGACAAAUUUUGUACUUGUGUUGCACUUCUCAGGACUCCCUCAGUUUAAUGGCAACCUAUGAACAAGCUUGUUCUUUCUAAUUUGCUUAUGUUCUUAUCGACA